AUGGAGCUCGUUGAGAAGGAGAUGUCAGAACUGAAAUGCACUGGUGCUGAGGAAGAAGAGAUGGAGGAGGAGGAGCGUCAGGAGGAUGACAAGGCCAGAGAGCUCAAGCUCGCCGUGGAGCAGGAGAAAAAGAAAACCAGUGAGCACGAGAUUCAGGAGGUAUGUGAGGAGAUGAUGUCGUCGACUGAUGAGGAGGACGAGGAUGAGAUGGGCGGAGGCGAAUGGAGCUCCCUCAUCUCCAAGCAGCACAUCAGGAAACUCUGUGGGGAAUUGCAGGCAACCUUGUCUUACUUGAGAAUUGACAUCGAACCAGCAGCCCCGUUGGGUGAGGCGCCGCCGUCGACAAUCCACACCAUCUUAGAGCUGUUUAAAGUUUUGCGCCGCCAAAUGUCAAAGCUUAGACGGCAGCUGCUUCCUUUCAAAGAAAGGUAUGAGGAGCAGCUGGCCAGGAGGGAUUCCUACGAGGGGUUGACUGAGGAAGAGAAGGCUAGGAAGAAAAUGGAGAAGGAGAAGAACUUCUUUGAUAGCUACCGUGAAGGGACCGAGUUCUCUUCCCGCCGCGUUUCCUUCGAGCAGCAAACCACAUUGAGCUCCAUGUUCUUCACGCACUGCACACCAGGAAGGCCCUUGCCCUACUAUGCUGAGACAGAAGGGAUCAGCCUGCAGGUUUACUCUUUCAAGAUUGCUGAGAUCAGCAGCAACCUGCACUGGCCGCUUGAGUUGUACGGCGUCGUCGCCGCGCGAGACAACUCGGACCGCAAGCACAACAUCAUCUUCAGUCGCCCGAGGCACGACUGCCAGAAGCUCACCUCAGCUGACCCCUUCUUGCGCUUGACUGGUCCGUCUCGGGCGAUUAUGGCACUGAGCCCAGUUGACUUUGAAGUCCAGCUAAAGCUUAAGGGUGCGACGGAGUCGGCGGACAGGGAGUUGAUGAAUCGCCGAGAUCAUUACGUCGGUAGUACUAUUGACAGUGAAGACGGUACUGAUACUGAAGAUGGUAUAGAUACUCUUACCUUCUGCAACUGCCUUAUCACAGCUGAACUGAGAGUGGAGGAACUACAUAGUUGCGUUCAAGCCACCUUUUUGGGUGUGCGUGUCGUCGGAGGAGGUCCAUGGCCUUUUGAAUACGGAGGCCGGAUUGCUUGCUCCUCACCAGCUCAUGAGGUUGUGUGCGUGGAUCUGGACGGCAUUGCAGAGGUUGUGGAUGAUUCAUCACGCUUCCAAGUUGUGCUGCUCGAUUCUCAUGACUGUCGUCUAACAAACAGAAAGGAUCCUCGUGGCUGUGUGCGUGGGGAAAUGCCAAUCGGCAAAGCUGGUUACCUUGAUCUCACAAGACGCGUUGUUUCUGUUGAAGUGCGGAAAGAGAAUCGCCGGCAAUACAGAGAUAGCUUGAAAGUUUUUCUUCAAUCAUACUCAGAGUCUGGUGGUAUUGCUGCGCAAUCCCAUGUCAAGAUCAGGCCCAAGAUAUGCAACAUAAGUCGGCACAGUUGCGACCUUGGUGGCUCUACGGUGGAGAUUACCAUUGCUUGGUCGGCCAUUGUCAGGACAGACCUUUGUUAG